ACAACACUCGUGCACGGCGGCAGCGCGCUGAACUUUGGGGCUGCCCACGCGCCGCCUGUCUCCCUAACAACGUCCUUCUCUCUUUUAAAACUUCGCCUGUUCGCGUGUGACGUCACAGAUAAUCCGCCCCGUCUGUGUACACCUGCGCCCGUCUCGUCGACGUCAUUACUGCAGAUCAUCAUCAUCAUCAUCAUCAUCGUCAUUAUUUUUUUUUUUUUUACCGCCGCUGUGAAAGCCGGAAGCGCGGCGGGCACCUGUGCGCAGGUAAACAAGCGGAGGAAGAGAAGAAAGAAAGAAAGAAAAUGAGUAACCCAAUCCCAUCCAACCUCAAGUCUGAGGCCAAGAAAGCUGCCAAGAUCCUGACGGACUUCACCGAGAUCUCCGGCAGGACCGGACCGGACAAACUCAUCCCCCCUCAUGUCAUAGCGAAGGCUGAAGGUCUCGCCAUCAUCUCUGUCAUCAAGGCAGGUUUCCUGAUCACGGCCAGAGGAGGCAGCGGCAUCGUCAUCGCCAGGCUCGCCGACAGACGUUGGUCCGCCCCCUCUGCCAUCGGCAUCGCCGGGCUUGGAGGAGGCUUUGAGAUUGGAGUGGAGGUGUCAGACCUGGUGAUCAUCCUGAACCAGCGCAGAGCCAUCGAAGCCUUUACCAAGGGCGGGAAUCUGACGCUGGGCGGGAACUGCACUGUCGCCGUGGGACCAGUGGGCAGGAACGUGGAAGCAGACGUGGCGCUGCGCAGCACCGCAGCAGUUUUCACCUACUGCAGAUCCAGAGGUUUGUUCGCUGGUAUUUCCCUGGAGGGAUCGUACCUGAUCGAACGCAAGGAAACCAACCGCAAGUUCUACUCCCGCGACAUCCGAGCUUCAGCCAUUUUGAACGGAGACGUGGAGCCUCCAUCUGAGUGCUACGACCUUUACCACAUCCUGGACGCUUACUCCGAGGCCUACACCACAGACUGGACCAGCAAGAACAUGCGAUCAGUGUCGUCUGUUGCUCCGUCCAGACCUCCAGCUCCAGCUCAGCCGAAACCGCCGAGCAACUACCAUCAACCGCCGAGCAACUACCAACAACCGCCGAGCAACUACCAACAACCGCCGAGCAACUACCAACCGCCAGCCAGCUCAGGUGCUCGACCAGGAAGUAAGAACGCUCUGUAUCCGAGUAUCUCUGUCUAUAAAUCUGAAACCUCAGAUAAAUUUGCCUCGAGGAGUCAGAGCGUCGGCGGGGCACUGUCAUCAGCUGCAGCUGGCCCCCAGCUGGUCGUCACGGCGACGCACCCGUUCACCGGGCAGCAGCCGGGCGACCUGAGCUUCAGCCCCGGCGACCGCAUCACCGUCGUCACCAAGACCGACUCCGAGUACGACUGGUGGGAGGGGCAACUGGAUGAUGGGCGGGUCGGGAUCUUCCCCGCUAACUUUGUUACAUACUGAGGCUCCUCCUCCGCCCGCUGGUGUGUCGGAGGUACUGCAGCUACAACACUGGGGCCAGUUACGGGCAGCAGUUAGGGUCAAGAGACGUUUACAGGUCACACUUUAAAGAUGAAAUCAUUAAUAACAACUUCAUCACAAAAAUGUUCUCUCUGGAUUUUUAAUUCUUUACAUUCAAACACAAACAUGAAUUCAUUAUUCACACAUUCAUGUUCUGUCACUUUAGAACUACAUUUGAAAUAUAAACCUACAUUAAAAAAUACAUUUAAUCUGGAAUAUAUUUAAUCUGACAUGAGUUACUGCAGCGUCAGCUGACCAAAGGUCAGCUGACUUUUUCAGGGGUUUUCUUCUUCUUUUUGCUUUGAAUAAAAUAAAUAAAUUCUA